AAUGAGGAAGACGGAGUUAAAACAAGAGAAAUUGACGGUGGAAGCCCCAGCGAGAUAGACCGUCUGUCUAGCAUCUCCCAGACUGGAUCUGACAGUGGCCAACAAUCUUUCAGGGAAUCUGAGGCCGAAGGUGAGGUGUCCGAUGUAUUUAUGGAUUUCCCCUUGGACAAAAAGCAUGAGUCUGUGACACGCAGGACGCUGAAAUGGAACAAGCCAGAAGGUCUGUUGAUGGCAGUUGGCUUUCUUGGGGCCGCGGUGAGUGGAGCCAUUGAACCCAGCUUUGCAUUGCUCUUCGCCGAAACUUUCGUCGAGCCUGGCUGGUUUGACAGGCCAGAAAAUCAGUGUGGCAUUCUGACUGCACGACUCGCCAACGAAGCACCCCAACUGCAUAAAAUCUCUGGCCAACGUGGCGGGGUCAUAGUGGAGAGCUUGGCGAUCACCAUAAUCACCAUUGUCCUAGCAUUCUACUAUUCCUGGCAACUGGCUCUCGUGAAUAUGGCAUUUCUGCCAGCUCUCGUGUUUGUCGGUGCGCUUCAAGUACGCGAUGUGGAGAGCCAUGUUGGUGAAAAGGCUGUGUGUGGCUCCGAGAUUGUUCAGGAGUCGUUGUCAGCCCAGCGUACUGUUGCCAGCCUCUGUCUAGAGGGGCAUUUCUACCAGGCGUUCACUGAAUGUGUGAAAGAAGACAAAGGGCAAGGCAUUCAAUACUUCCAGAACGCGGCUAUCUACUACCUUGGAGCGGUUCUCAUCGAUGGCGGCACCCUCAAUUUAACCUCCAUGUUUAGAAGCAUAUCUGUUGCCAACUUUGGAGCUCAGGGCUUGGGUCGCGCAGCCAGUUUCCUACCAGACCUCAACUCUGCCAUAACCAGUGGAAAGAACAUCUUUAGGACUCUGGACCGUGUGACCAAGCUCGAUGUUACUCGUGGUGAUAUUCCAAGUAACCCUAUAGAGGGGAACAUUGAAUUUCGUAACGUUAAAUUUGCUUAUCCAACGAGAAAGACUGUGCAAGUAUUGAAGGGCUUUAAUUUUAAUGUGGAAAAGGGAGCAAAUGUUGCUUUUGUCGGUCAGUCGGGCUGUGGGAAGUCGACCUGUCUCCAACUAGUUCAACGCCUUUACGAUGUCGAAAACACGUCUCUUGACGGUGGCGUAUACAUCGACGGGAAAGAUCUGCGUAGUAUCCAACCCGCGUGGCUGCGACAGCAGAUAGGUGUUGUUUCUCAGGAGCCGAAUCUGUUUGACCUCACCAUUAAGGAGAAUAUUGCAUACGGUGACCUCAGCCGCUCCAUUCCCAUGGAAGAGAUAACCGAUGCCGCCCGUGACGCCAACAUUCAUGAUUUUAUCUGCAGUCUGCCUGAGGGCUACGACACGCAGGUUGGAUUGCGUGGCAGUCAACUGUCAGGUGGUCAAAAACAGCGCAUAGCGAUUGCUCGGGCUCUCAUCCGAAAGCCUACGAUCCUCCUUCUUGAUGAGGCGACUUCGGCACUGGACACGGAAUCGGAGCGAGUUGUUCAGGCCGCAUUGAGUAAAGCUAUGGCCAAGUCCUCUCGUACCAGCAUGGUAGUCGCUCACCGCCUCAACACUGUGGAAACUUGUGAUAAGAUUGUUGUAUUAAAGGACGGUUUUGCGGUGGAGAGUGGAUCCCCAAGUGAACUGAUGGCCCGAAAGGGUCAUUUCCACGCUCUACACAACCUGGACGGCAUCAAAAAGAAAGCAUAA